GAGGGCAUUAUUCCCUCCAGGAAGCCCAUUCAGAAGGUGCUGAGCAGAAGGAGGGGAGAAGCCAGGAUGGCAGCAGACAGCAGCAUGGCUCCCGAAGAAAAGCCGAGCGCAGCUCCUGUGAGAAGGGCUGUCCACAAGAUCCGGAUGGCCAGCCAGGUCUUCAGCUUGGCUCGAGGCUGGCAGCAGUGGGCAUCUGACCACCAUGGAAAGCAAGAGCAAGAGCCCUCUGGAUGGGUCCCCACUGCAGAAAGCUCAUCAGCUCAGCCUGUACAAGAAAGUUCCUUUGAAAAAUGGCAAAUUCCAUCUGUCAAGAGGGACCAAGAAAAAGGUGAUGAAAAAUCCUUAGCAAAGGAUUCAGUGACAAUAAGAGAUGCUGAAAAAAAAUCAAGGGAAUCAGACGAAGAUCUCAAAACAUUCAGCAUUAAAAGCAAAGAGGUGACCAAAACAGUUGUCAGCAAAGCCUAUGAACGAGGAGGUGAUGUCAGCCUCCUCAGUGAAAGAUACGAAAACAACAACAGCAGCUCCGAGAUGACCAAACUCAAAGAAGAAUCAAAUGCUAUUGACAAAAUUCUUAGCAACAAAUUACCUUCAACCAUAAGGAGGAAGUGUUCAAAUGUAGUAUCAGAGAUGACCAAGGGCUGGGAGAAGAUGGAAGACGAGAACAAAGAUGGGGCCAAGAGAGAGCUGCUGCUGAAGUGCCGUGAUGACAGCCUGGAUGCCCAGGACAGUGGCUAUGGGGAAGCAGAGGACAAGCUGGAGCAGGAGGACAGUGACCAGGAGGUGACAGCUGUGAGGAUUAAACGCCCUGUCCCAUCUCUCGCCAGCCGGCUGAGCGAGGAGGCGCGGAGCAAGGCGCGCAGGAAGUGCAGCGCUGUGCACAGCCUCAAGGACAGGUGGCAGGAAUGGGCCGACCAGCACAUCAUAACGCAGAAGCUGAACCCCUUCAGCGAGGAGUUUGACCACGAGCUGGCCAUGUCCACGCGCCUGCACAAAGGGGAUGAAGGGUACGGCCGCCCAAAGGAAGGCACCAAAACUGCCGAGAGAGCCAAGCGAGCUGAGGCGCACAUCCACCGGGAGAUCAGGGACUUGUGCUUCAUCAUUGAGUCCAUGGCCAAGCCGCGGCCCGACGGCAAGAUCCAAGUCACUUUUGGGGAACUCUUCGACAGAUACGUUCGUAUUUCAGAUAAGGUUGUUGGGAUUCUCAUGAGAGCCAGGAAACAUGGGCUGGUGGACUUUGAAGGAGAAAUGUUAUGGCAAGGAAGAGAUGAUAAUGUCAUCAUUACUUUAUUAAAAUAAGUUAGGCUAUAAUCAGAACAACUUUGGAAAACUUUUCUCCUCUUCUCCCUUGCCAUUAGCAUUUGCACAUUUUGAACAUAAGGUUCCCUUGUUCACCACAUAGAAAAGUGUAUUUUUUGUAAUAUGUAUUUUAUAACUAGUGCAUGAAAACCCAAACACCCAAAUGGACUUCAUUUUGUACCAGAAGUGCUUUCAGGACAAGUUAAUUACUACAUAAAAAAUAAGGAGAAAAAGCUAUAUGGAAUAUAAGCAGCUGAUGAUAAAAGUCCAUAGCAAUAUAAAUAGCUACAGGAAUAUGAAACAUAACAGAUCAGAAGCUGAAUAAGAAAAUAAACUCAGACAAAGGUUUUGAUCUGAAAAAUGCAUGCACUUUCUAAUUAAUUGAUUUAAAUACCAGUAAAAUUACCUUAUUUUAAUACAGAAUCAAACAUACAUUUUUUUUCUUUUCAAGCACAAUAUGUAACUAUCACUGCAAUAUUCUCUUGGUGAUACAACUGUUGACACAGCUUUCUCUUACAUGUCACAUAAAAAAACCUUUUUAUAAAUGGGGUUUUAUAUAUUUAUUGUAUUUAUAUAACUAAUUUUUUAGAUUAUUUCAUAUGUAAACUUAUGGAGUUUGGAAUGUAAUGAAUAAAAAUGUUUUGAUUAGAUAGCUACCUAAAAAAUACCUCCUAUAUAAUGUUGUGCAAUGUCUUAUCUGAUUAUCUAUGCUGAUACUGUUCUUAUAAAUACAGAAAAAAAUAAUGCGUAACAUAUAAAAACUAGCCAAGUACUUGUACUUUUGUAUACAGCAAAAAAGUGACUAACAUCAUCAUCUUCCAUUGAAAUGUACCUCUGCGAAAAAAGAGAAACAGCAUUCAUAACUUUGAGGAAAAUGUUGUUCCACAUUACACAGAAAUACUGACAUACUUUUACAGUAUUUGCCAUUCCAAUGUCACUAAAAUAAUGUAUUUCAGUCCAGGUGAUGCUAGAGAGGACUAGGUGCUAAUGAACUAAUAGUUUUAGGACUUAAAAUGGUAUUAUUCAUAAAUCUGAGAUCUCUGUAAGGUCUCUGCUACUUGCUUGAUUAGAGAGAUCAGUUUCUCUACCAUUGUAAAAAUAGCUAUCCUGGUAAAAUGUGUGUACUUCACAGGAAAAGCAUUUGUUUCAGAGCAGAUGCCUGGGCAAGUAAUGAAAAAGAAGUGGUUUUUUCCCCCUUAAUAUUCUUUCAAACUGAAAAAACAAAUAUCUUCUUAGAGAAGUAUAGGAGUACUAAUAUCUUGUCUCUGAUAAAAUAAAUAUUGCUGUCUUAUUAUGAGUACAGGUACUCCAGUUUGAAGCUUUGUUAUAUAAAUAAAUCAAAUAUUUUAUAACUUAAUGAUACAAGAACUGACUACUACAUCUCUUCUAAAUCUAUGCAAAUCAUUAAUACUUAGGCAUAGUUAUAUUAUAUGACUCUACAGAAGAAAAAAUUGUAAGAUGGAAUCAUUGGAGAUUAUUUAAUGUUUUCCUGAGAUCUCUUAGACUACUCAAGCUGACCUACAAAACUGAUGUCUUAGUGUAAUACUUACAUAUAAUAAUUUUUACCUGCAUAUUCUUGCCUUAUUCUUUACAUCUUUAUAUAAAUACCUUUUAUAGCUGUCUAAAUUGUCUUGAUAAAAUUUUGUUGUCAAAGGAA